GCAAAACAGAGAGGCGCCACUAGCAGCUCAGAGACAGAAACAGAGAGAGAGAAUGGCCACAGCAGCUAUCAACUUGGGCCUUGUAAAGCCUUCACCUUUCACUGUUCCCAAGUCUCAAAACCCUUCAAAGCUUAGGGUUUUCACUCUACGGUGCUCCUCCGCCACCGCUAAUGCCGUCUCCGACUUGUCGGAAAGACCUUGGAAGACUUCAGAUGCUAGACUUGUGCUUGAAGAUGGUUCAAUCUGGAAAGCAAAGUCAUUUGGUGCUUCAGGAACCCAAGUUGGUGAAGUUGUAUUCAAUACAUCCUUGACCGGGUAUCAAGAAAUUAUUACAGACCCAAGUUAUGCUGGCCAAUUUGUGCUGAUGACGAACCCCCAAAUUGGAAAUACUGGAGUGAAUUUUGAUGAUGAAGAAUCAAGGCAGUGCUUCCUUGGUGGUCUAGUGAUCAGAAGUUUAAGUAUCAGUACUUCAAAUUAUAGAUGUGCAGAAACUCUUGGUGAUUAUUUAGCAGCAAGGAACAUCAUGGGAAUUUAUGAUGUUGACACACGAGCUAUCACCCGCAGAUUAAGACAAGAUGGAAGCCUUAUUGGUGUUUUGAGCACAGAAGAGACAAAAACAGAUGAGGAACUAUUGGAAAUGUCUCGAUCAUGGGACAUUGUUGGGGUUGACUUAAUAAGUGGUGUUUCAUGCAAGACCCCUUAUGAAUGGGUUGAUAAAACCGAUUCUGAAUGGGAAUUUAAGUCCAAUAGAAAUGAUGGAGAGGCUUUUCGUGUUGUUGCAUAUGAUUUUGGAAUCAAGAGCAACAUACUUAGGCGAUUGGCUUCCUAUGGUUGCAAAAUUACUGUGGUGCCUUCAACAUGGCCAGCAUCAGAGACUCUUAAGAUGAAACCAGAUGGGGUCCUUUUCAGCAAUGGCCCUGGAGACCCAUCCGCUGUUCCAUAUGCUGUUGAAACGGUCAAGGAGAUUCUUGGAAAGGUUCCUGUUUUUGGAAUUUGCAUGGGCCAUCAGUUGAUUGGCUUGGCGUUAGGCGGUACAACUUUUAAAAUGAAGUUUGGUCACCACGGAGGAAAUCAUCCGGUCUGUAAUCUUCGUACUGGACAUGUUGAGAUAAGCGCUCAGAAUCACAACUAUGCAGUUGACCCCAAAUCACUUCCAGAUGGUGUAGAAGUAACUCAUGUCAAUCUGAACGAUAAAAGCUGUGCUGGCCUUGCUUACCCUGCACGAAAAAUAAUGUCUAUUCAGUACCACCCUGAAGCAUCCCCAGGACCUCAUGACUCGGAUUAUGCUUUUAGAGAAUUCAUUGAGCUGAUGAAGAGAGUGAAGGUAAAUGCAUGAGAAAUAUCUGCACUCAGCAAUUAUUUGAGGGAUCAAGCAGCUAGUUUUCAAAUGGCGGUACAGACAUCCAGGCCCUGCUCGUGUCUGACUCAAUGGGAUUAACAUUUGCGGUUGCAGAAAACUAGUUAGGACUUGGGAGUGCUUUUACUUUCUCUACCGUCAGUAUGUUUGUAGUGGUAUUGUGUAAUAGUUGGGAUGAUCCCUUGCCAUAUUUAUAAUUGGCGUUUUUGAAGAACAAGUUGCUUAGCCACCCUGUGUAGCUUGUCACAAAGAACUGUCUCAUGAAAUAAUGUCAAACGAUUUGAUCGUGCUUUAUGCGUGGAACUGUUUUUAUAUCAUCACAAAUGCAUGCCAGGAUAUUUUGGAUCGUUUG